CCUUUGAUUCGAGGUUCAUAAAGGGCGGCUGUUCUGGAACGGCUGAAGAGAACUGAGGAGCCGCCCCGGCGAGGGACGGGUAUUAGGGCAGCAUCCCCUGGAGAUUCAAAAGAACUUUCUCCUUCCAGUGUUUGGAUCAUCCAUCCCAACCAAGAACCAUGGAUCUCACAGCCCAGAACAUAAAGUUUUUGAGGAUAGUCAGUACCCUUCUGCUGUUGAUGGUGAUGCCAAGGGAUGCAGGCAACUUCCCUACCUAUUCUUGGAGAGACGCAGAGACCCAGGAGUGGCUACUGUGUGACCAGUGCCCACCUGGCACUUUUGUGAAGCACCACUGCAGCUACAGGAGCCGUACGGUUUGCCAGCCAUGCCCUUCACUGCACUACACACAGUACUGGAACUACCUGGAGAAAUGCCGAUACUGCAAUGUGUUCUGUGGGGAGCAUGAAGAGGAGGCUCAGGCCUGCAACGCCACUCACAACCGAGCCUGCCGCUGCCAGCUGGGCUAUUACGCCCAUGCUGACUUCUGCAUCGAGCACUCAGCCUGUCCCCCAGGCUCUGGGGUGGUCACUCUGGGGACCCCAAACCAGAACACACAAUGCCAGCCAUGCCCCAAAGGCACCUUUUCAGAUAACAGCUCCAGCACAGAGAAGUGCCAGCCACAUCGAAAUUGCACCACCCUUGGCAUGUUCCUCAAUGUUCCUGGGACCUCAUUCCAUGAUGCCAUUUGCACACGAUGUGCUGGUUUCUUGAGCAGCACUCCUGAGCCAGGUGACAAGGAAUGUGAACAGGCAGUGAUUGACUUUGUGGCCUUCCAGAAUAUUUCACUAAAGAGACUGAUGAGGCUGCAGCAGGCCCUAGAGGGGCCUGGUAGCUGGCAUAGGCAGUGGCCAGAGCCAGAGAGCCGGGCUGCUGUGCAGAAGGAGCUACUGCACAGGUUAACUGAACUCAGUGAGACCCAGGGAUCUUCAGCCCUUCUACUCCAGUUGCUACAGGCUCUUCGAAAAGCCAAACUAACCACCUUGGAGAGGAAUAUUCAGAAGCACUUCUCCCUUGACAUUAAAGACUAGACCACCUCCAACCCCUACUCUGCCCCCAACUCCUGGAUUUGCCCAAGGCUCCAAUACACCAGUUCUUCCUCUGGGAGGAUAGACUCUGGAGUCAAAUGUCCUGGGGCUCAGACUACUGGUGCAAUAUCUUAUAGAGACAGCAGUGUCCCUUCUGGGCCUCCCACCGAAAACUCUUUGGACUUAUUUAUUUCACAGCUAGGUGGCGCAGUGGAUAGAGUGCUAGGUGUGUGGAGUCAGGAAGACUCAUCUUCCUGAGUUCAAAUCUGGCCUUGGUAACUUACUAGCUGUGUGACCCUGGACAAGUCACUUAACCCUGUUUGACUCAGUUUCCUAAUCUGUAAAAUGAUCUGGAAAUGGCAAACCACUCCAGUAUUUUUGCCAGAAAAACCCCAAAUGGGGUCAUGAAGAAUCGGACAUGACUGAAAAACUACUGAACAACAAUUUCCAUCCCCACCAGCCCUCUAUUUUAAGAGGUCCCAAUCCCCCAGCUUCACCAGGGUAUAUGUGGAGCUAAUGGGACUAGUAUCAUGAUGAAAAAUAUUUUUUGCAAAACCAUUUUGUAAACCCACUUUUGUGCCCAUUUCUAGUGUUUAGCACAGUGCCUGGCACAUGGUAGGCGAUUAAUAAAUGUUUAUUGACUGAG